UCAUAGUACUACCAUAUCUAGCUGGAAUUAUGUGUAUCUUCUUAUUGACACUUUGGUCAAAACCCCUUUCUUCUCCCUUUAUGAUUCUCUUAAUAGUGUUCACAGCAAUCUGUAAAUAAGAUUGCAAGAAAUAAGAAAAAUAAUUAUUUCAUCGGAGUGAACCAGUUCAGAUGAAUUCCUCCGACGUUGAAACCUUUGAUCCCAUUUUCACAAUCACGAACCGCUCGCUACAUAUCUGUUUCAAAAGGCCUGCAUCCCAUGGUUCUGAUUCUGCCCUUUGGAGAGAAAAUUCCAUCGAGGCAACACUCCCUUCAUUUGCCCUGCAAUUUGCAAUUAUCCUAUCUCUCAAUCGCAUUUUGCUCCUCCUUUCAUCAUUCUGCCAUGUACCUCGAAUUGUUGCUAAUAUUUUUACUGGUUUUUUAUUAGGGCCAUCUGCUCUAGGGCAUUGGACUGCUUUCAUCAAGCACACAUCUCCAUUGAAUAACAUGGUGCCAUUAGAGACGGUGGGAGGGUUGAUUCUCAUUUACUACGUGUUCUUGGUGGGGCUAGAGAUAGACUUGAAACCAAUAGCGGAGUUGCACAACAAGAAGGCCACGUUUGUUGCCAUUGCUGGCACAAUCUUCACCUUACCAAUAGGGUUUGGUUUGUACUACAUGCUUAUCACCGACAUGUGGCGAAAAACUCUCUCUCAUAAACACUUCAGACCAAAUGGUGCAAUAUUAUGGGGAAUCACCCUUUCAAGCAGCAGUGAGUUUCCUGAGAUUGCAAAGAUCCUUUCGGACCUUAAAUUUCUCCUCACGGAGAAUGGACAACUUGCUCUCUCAGCCUCUCUCAUCAACGACUUGUUUUCAUGGACACUUCUCGUGUUGGCUCUAACGCACUUCUACUAUGGUUCCGUGAGAUUUUUUGUCAUCACCGUGGUUCUUGUGUUGGUAUGUUUAUUUGUACUUCACCGGUUCUUCAAGUGGCUAUUCGACAACGAGGGCAUGAGGGAUCGCGAGUUUUUUGAGACACAAGUGAUAUUUGUGUUGCACUUAGUUUUGGUCUUUGGUUUUUUAACUGAUGGGUUGGGUGUGUUAUCGGUCACGGGGGCUUUCUUUUUGGGCGUUGUGAUCCCUCAGGGGGUGCUUAACAAUGCGAUGCAGGACAGGGUGCAGGAUUUUGUGGGUGUUUUCAUGAUGCCUUUGUUCUUUGUGGCUGUUGGGGAGAGGAUCAAUGUUAAAGACUUGGCCUUGGACACACAUGUGAGUACUUUGGUGGUUGUUGUUGUGCUGGCCUUUGUGGCUAAGAUAGCGAGCACUUUGGUUGUGACUUGCUUCUACCAGAUGCCACGCAUGGAAGGAUUGUCCCUUGCACUGCUCAUGAAUACUAAAGGAACAAUGCCAUUGAUCAUUCUCUGCACCGGCAGGGACAGGCUCGAAUUGGACAAUCAAACCUUUGGUGUGAUGGUAUUAGCGUGCUGGUUAAUGACACUUCCCGUGGGACCUGUCUCGGUUGCUCUAACAAAAGCCUUGAAAAACAAAACGUUUGCAGGAAUCCAACGCAAAGGCACACAACCAGACUCACCCCUGAGAGUACUAGCAUGCAUCCACACAAAAAGCGACGCCAACGUGAUCAUAAACCUCUUGAAAGCCUCGUCUCCCUCAGUGAGAACCCCAAUCCAAGUGCUAGCUGUUGAACUAAGCAAAAUGACCAACCGCCCCACCUCAUCACUCAUCAUAAGGGGCGCUAAAAAGUCAUCCUUCGCCUCAAAAUCCUUAAAACUCGACGAGACCGAAGACACCCUCAGCAUCUUCGACAACCUCAGCCAAGCCAUCUUCGCGGAGAAAAUGAGGAUCAUCUCAGACUACGGCACCAUGCACAAGGACAUCCUAAACCUCGCAAGACGUAGAGGAGUCACACUCAUCCUAACCACACUCUACAAGCAACCAACCUACGAUGGUUUAGGAGCCGGUGCUGCAACCGCAAGAGCUGUGAACAUCAUCAACCGCGACCAUGCAAGCAAAGACGAGAAGAAAGUGGUGUUGGAGAGUUUAGUAAGGGAUGCACCGUGUAGUGUGGCAAUAUUUGUGGACAGAGGCUUCAGUAGGAAGCGUUCCAAGGAGCAGCGUGUGGCCAUGUUCUACAUUGCCGGUGCCGAUGAUCGCGAAGCGCUUUGUUAUGCAUGGAGGAUGUGUAAGAGCCCUGAGGUGAAGCUAACAGUGGUGAGGCUUGUUUGGGAUAAUCCUAACGAUGAGUUUGAUGAGAAGGACAAGGAGUUCAUUAAGGGGUUUGUGCAGCAAACGGGGGACAUGGUGAGAGUGAGGUAUUUGGAGAAGGUGGUGAGGGAUGAGAAAGAGACGGUGAGGCUUUUGAACAAGAUAGGGAACAAAGGGUUUGAUUUGUAUGUGGUGGGGAGAGGGCAUGGGAGGAAGAUGUCGUUGGCACAAACGGUGGAUCCUGUGUUGGAGGAGCCUGCUUUGGGGCCUCUUGGGGAUGCUUUGACGGAUUUGAACUCUGCGGCUGAGACCUCUAUUUUGAUAUUCCAAAGACGGGCUCAGCAUGUUGAAGGAAAGUAUGCAAGAACUGCUUCUGGUUUUGAGAGAGUGUUUGAUAGCAUAGUGGAGAAGCAGUUAAUGUGCCCUUCAAUGAGGUCUCCACCAAUGAUUAUAAGUCAGUAUGAUUGAAAAUUUUGUCAUGGAUGGAUCAGGAUUGUAGUAAUCAUCUUGUCUUCAUCCAAAUAUUCCUGUUCAUGAAAGUGUGAAUGAAUGCUAGAAAUCCAUUUCCAGAUAGUCUUGGAGUAUGCAAUGAUUUUGAGCCAGAGACUGUUUUUUCUUGUUUAUUAUCUGUAAAGAUGGUGUAUUGUUUCUUUGUUUCUUCAUGAAGUGAAUGAGGUGGCAGUGUACAGAGAGAGAGGUUAGGCCAAGAUUCUAACAAGAUUUUCUUAAUUAUAUUUAUGAUGACAAAUUGAA